AUGAAUGACACUAAUUCCAUCAAAGAUGAACACCUGAUAUCUCCUUCUAAAAUUGCUAUAAAACAAAACUUCUCACAAAUGGAUUACCAGUAUGGAUGUUCUUGUUAUAUUGCUAAAUUAGAAGAAUCAAAUGAACAACAACGGUUAUAUUUUAAACCUGAAAAAGAGUAUGGUAUCGGAAGCCAUUCGUUGUGUUCUAUAAGAUUAACACCAAAUGCUGAACCAUUAAUUGCAUUGUUUCAAGUUAAUUUAAGAGGGGAUGUGAGUAUUAUUCCAUACGCUAAAAAAACACCAAUUAAAAUCAAUGGAAAUAAUAUCACUACAGAAACAAAAUUAAAUAACUUUGAUGAGUUAGACAUAGGAGAUCUUCAUUUUCAAUAUAUCACGUUCUAUGAAAAUGUUAAAUAUCAAAAUAAUCCUGAAUUCGAAAAUCGAUAUCAUAGAUUAUUUAUUAAGCUUGCAUUAAAAAAAUUCUUUAAUGUAGACAUAACCAAAAAAGAUGAGGAGCUCAAGUUGAUUCUACCUCCUUUUUUAUGGUCUGUUUGCUCCUCUUCUGAUAUAGGUAAAGCUCUCACUUUAAGUCUUAACGAAUUAAAAAAAGUUACUCCAGUUCCUGGAGGUGAUGAGUUUGUUGGUCUUUUAAGACAAAUGAUUUCUCAAUUUUUUUGUGUAUCUUCAAGUAGUACUGGGCUUAAAGUAGGUGGUUAUGAAGCAGAGUUAUGUAGUUACACCAACGAAAUUAAAAAGACGCCUAGUCGUAAAAUAAAUUUUGAUGAAAUGCAAGACAGUGAAGAUCCUCUUGAAAUCUUUAGAAUGGCAAGUGAAAAAAAACAAGAAAAGAUUCCAAAGAAACCUCAACUAACUGAUAAUUAA